UCAUGGGUCAUGGGCUCCUUACCUCUCUUUGUAAAUGGGCCAAUCUUGGCCUGUACCUCUCUUUGUAAGGGUUUUCUGAAUUCGGAUUCUCCAACUCCUGAGGCUCCUCUGUUUUCUCGUUGCUCAGUCCCGAUCAGAAACAAAAUUCCUGAAAAAAAAUAAAGAAAAAGAGAAAAAAAUGCUGUCUCCAAAGCAAAAGAGUGAAGCUGAAGGUGAAGCUUCAGAGCAAGAUAGUUCAAACGACGGCCGUGCCGGUUUCUUCAAUAUAUAUGGACCUCAAGCGAAAUCAGAAGUUGUUUUCAAGAUGCCUGAAGCUAAUUCUACCCUGAACUUGCAAGACGUUCAAGGCCUUGUAACUUGGGUUCUUGCUGAAGGAUUCAUGCCCUCCUGGGUAUUCAUUAAGAACAAACCGUUGAUUCCAAAAGUAGUCAUGCUUUACCUGCCGGGCCUGGAUGCUUCUUUGUACUUAUCACAGUCCAAACUACUUACUGGUUUUAAAGAAUUCUGUGGCAAUCCGAGGGCACUUUUAGCCCUUAGUUGUGUAGCAGAUAGUAUGCAGACAAUAGACUCACUGCUAACAUGCAAGUUGAAAAGAAAGAGAAAUGAGCUUGAUUCAAUGAAGAAAUCUACCCAGACAUCAGAACAAGUUACGGAUAAUCCAUCUUCUGUGGAACUCUUGAAAGAUCUACCAUUCCCCAUUACAUAUUAUACACUGAUGGCAAAAGAAUUGGAAGAGAAUGGAUAUUGUCUCAAUCAACCAGGCUUUCUAUCUACUACUCCUGCUCCUUUGGGAUCUUCUCCCUACGAAAUAUUGGCGCUUGACUGUGAGAUGUGUGUCACAAAUGAGGGUUUUGAGCUCACAAGAAUAACACUAGUGGAUAUGAAAGGCCAGGUUGUUUUAGACAAAUUGGUUAAACCUUCAAAUGCCAUUGUGGAUUACAACACCAGGUUUAGUGGAAUUACAUGCGAGAUGUUGAGUGGAGUAACUACAAGUCUUAAAGAUAUCCAGGAAGAAUUUCUAAAGCUGGUUUACAAAGAGACCAUUCUAGUUGGGCAUUCCUUGGAGAAUGACUUAUUAGCUUUGAAGAUUUCCCAUGGUUCGGUGAUUGAUACUGCAGUACUAUACAAACACCCAAGGGGUGGAUCUUUUAAAACUGCUCUUAGAGUUCUUGCCAAGAGAUUUCUUUCUAGGGAGAUACAACAGUCAGGAACUGGACAUGACAGUAUUGAAGAUGCAAGAGCUACUAUGGAGCUGGCACUUUUGAAGAUCAGAAAUGGACCUGAUUUUGGUUCUCCUCCAUCAUUUAUGCGGAGAAAGCUUCUUACGGUUUUGAGUGAGUGUGGAAAAACUUCCUCUCUUAUUGACGAUGUUUCAGUAGUCAAGAGGUAUGCUUCUGAGUCAUCCCAUGCAAUGCCGGUGUCUUCUGAUGAUGAAGCUCUUUUAAAGGCUAGAAAGGAGGUGAAGAACGAUCGGGUACAAUUUGUCUGGACUCAGUUCUCAGAAUUAUAUUCGUAUUUCAAGAAACAAGUAGAGGAUGAAGCAAAUCUGAACGGAAAACUUGCAGAGAUGAUAUCAUUGGUUACAUGCGAUAAGAAGCCUGCUAACACGAAAGACAUUAAAAGUGGUGUUUCAUCUGAAUUGAAGGAAAUUCUAACCCGUACGGAUGCCAGAGUUCGUAGUCUCUGUGCUGCAUUACCCACUAAUACUAUGCUUAUAAUUUGCUCUGGACAUGGAGACACUGCUAUUGUCCAAAGAGUAAGGAAAAUGCUCAGAGAGCAGAGUGAAACGUCAUUGUGCCGCGAGAAGAUUGUUAAGGUAUUGGAAGAGCUUCAGGCUCAAGCUGAAGUUGCAUUGUGUUUUGUUGGCGUGAAGCAUUGAGUAUACAUGGAUGGCGCUGAUACAACUAUCAAGCGUUUACAGUUUUGAUGUAUAACAGUUAUUAUUUAAAUGUAUUUUAUGAAGUGAAGUAUUGUUAUUCAAUGGAAAUUUUAUGCAGUUCUAUUCGCUUC